AGUGAUCUUUUUUCACAUCUAUUGAAUCUCUCAGAGAUCGCCUUGUUGCGCGGCCUGAAGAGGGACCACAUAGAUCACAGAAUGCUUCAACCACCGAGAGAUCGACGUUUCCAUAGCAUCCACUUCACCUUCUGAGAUCACAAACUUUCAAGAAGACGGCGUGAAAGUGGGGAAUUGUUGGAGACCUCCAGAUUCGCGAAAUGUUGGAAUGGAAGGCGCAGACUCUGACUCGCCGUCUCAAACAGGAGUAUGAAGUGCUUCGCGGAUCUGGGAUCAACGAGAGAGAAACUUGGAUUUCUUCGGAUAUCACGAAACGCUCACGGGGAAGUACACUAGCGCGGAUAACGAGAAGUUCGGCGCAGACUUUGCAACAUGGCCUCGGCUGUUAAUGUCUCCUCCGAGCAGGAAAACAGAGACCCCGAUCGGCCGAGGAUAACGCGGAGAAAUAGGGGGAACUAUCGGACCGCCGCAGCGGAUUUGGAGUAUUUGCAGCGGCCGAGUUAUUGCGAUGCCGCCUUUGCAUUGGAGCAGAUAUCAGAGGGGAAGGCGACUGGGAGGAAAGCACCGCUGUGGCUGAGAGCAAAGUUUCAAAGACUUUUGUUUAAUCUUGGCUGUUACAUACAAAAGAACUGUGGAAAGUUUUUAGUUGUGGGCCUUUUAAUAUUCGGAGCUUUUGCUGUUGGUUUAAGGGCAGCUAAUCUGGAGACGGACGUGGAGAAACUCUGGGUAGAAGUGGGCGGCAGGGUAAAUCAAGAACUCAAGUACACGCGGCAGAAGAUCGGAGAGGAGGCCAUGUUUAGUCCUCAGCUCAUGAUUCAGACGCCGAGACAGGAAGGUGCUAACAUUCUGACCGUGGAGGCGCUAACGCAACACCUCGACUCUGCCAUUAAAGCCAGCAGAGUGCACGUUUACAUGUAUAACAGGCAAUGGAAAUUGGAACAUUUAUGUUACAAAUCAGGAGAACUCGUCACAGAAACCAAUUUUGUUGACCAGAUUAUAGAGAAACUGCAUCCAUGUCUGAUCAUCACUCCUCUGGACUGCUUCUGGGAAGGGGCUAAACUGCAUGCAGGAUCAGUCUACCUCCCUGGCAAACCUUCCGUGCAGUGGACCAACUUUGAUCCUAUGGGAUUUAUUGCUGAGCUGAAGAAGAUGAAGAUUUCAGUGGACAUAUGGGAGGAGAUGCUGAUCAAAGCAGAGGUGGGUCAUGGCUACAUGGAGCGCCCCUGCCUGAACCCUUCAGACCCCGACUGUCCAUCCUCAGCUCCCAACAAGAACACAACAGGGCAUUUUGACGUGGCUCGUGUUCUGACUGGCGGCUGCCAUGGGCUCUCCAAAAAGUACAUGCACUGGCAGGAGGAGCUUAUCGUAGGCGGGACCAAAAAGAAUGACAGCGGCAAACUUCUGAGCGCACAGGCCCUUCAGACCAUGUUCCAACUCAUGACCCCGAAGCAGAUGUACGAGCACUUGAAGGGCUAUGAAGAGGUCUCUCACAUCAACUGGAACGAGGACAAAGCAGCUGCCAUACUGGAGGCCUGGCAGAGGAAAUACUCUGAGGCGGUCCAGCAGAGUGUGUCUGUCAAUUCUUCGCAGAAGGUUCUCACGUUCACCACCACCACCUUGGAAGACAUCCUCAAGUCCUUCUCUGAUGUCAGUGUGAUUCGUAUCGCCAGUGGCUACCUCCUCAUGCUCGCCUAUGCAUGUCUGACCAUGCUGCGAUGGGACUGUGCAAAGUCCCAGGGGGCCGUGGGGCUGGCCGGAGUAUUACUGGUUACUCUGUCUGUCGCUGCUGGACUGGGGCUUUGCUCUCUCUUGGGUAUCUCUUUUAAUGCCGCUACCACCCAGGUGUUGCCAUUCCUGGCCCUCGGCGUAGGGGUGGAUGAUGUCUUCCUAUUGGCUCACGCUUUCAGCGAGACCGGCCAGAACAAGAGAAUUCCAUUCGAGGACCGCACCGGUGAGUGUCUGAAGAGGACUGGAGCAAGUGUGGCCUUGACCUCCAUCAGUAACGUGACCGCUUUUUUCAUGGCCGCCCUCAUUCCAAUCCCUGCACUGCGAGCCUUCUCCUUACAGGCGGCAGUGGUCGUGGUAUUUAACUUUGCUAUGGUGCUGCUCAUCUUUCCUGCCAUCCUCAGCAUGGAUCUGUACCGCAGAGAGGACCGCCGCUUUGACAUCUUUUGCUGCUUUGUCAGCCCCUGCGCAAACCGGGUGAUUCAGUUGGAGCCGCAGGAAGCGUAUGCCGACUCCUCCACUGACUCCAGCUGCUACAGCCCUCCACCCUCCUACAGCAGCCACAGUUUCGCCCAGCACACCCACAUCACCAUGCAAUCCACUGUACAGCUGCGUACCGAGUACGACCCCAGAACGCAGGCUUACUACACCACGGCCGAGCCUCAUUCUCACAUAUCCGUCCAACCCUACCAGCCCAACCCCAACCGCAAUAACAACAAUAACCACCACGGCAGCGGGGCAGGAGUUAGGGCGAGCCCGCCAGGAAGCAGUUCUACCGCCGGCGGUGUGGUUUCGGACACAGCAUCCUGCCAGAGCCCUGACGGGGCGAGCUCCACGCGUGACCUUCUGUCUCAGUUUGGGGAGUCAGGAUUGCGGUGUUUGGAGCCUCCGUGUUCACGUUGGACGUUUGCAUCGUUUGCUGAGAAGCACUACGCGCCUUUUCUGCUGCAGCCUAAGACGAAGGUGGUGGUCAUUUUACUCUUCUUGGCACUGUUGGUGGUCAGUCUUUACGGAACCACGCGGGUCCGGGAUGGUUUGGAGCUGACGGACAUCGUGCCGCGGGAUACGGGUGAAUACGACUUCAUCCGUGCCCAGUUUCGCUACUUUUCCUUCUAUAACAUGUACGUGGUGACCCAAAGAGCGGACUACGCUCAGAUUCAGCCGCAGCUGUACGAACUGCACCAGCGCUUUGGAAGCGUGAAGUACGUCCUGCGGGAGGAAAACGGACAGCUCCCGUGCAUGUGGCUGCAUUACUUCAGAGACUGGCUGCUAGGUUUGCAGGAGGCGUUCGAUAAGGACUGGCAGGCGGGUCGCAUCACUCAGGGGAACUACAGGAACGGCUCUGAUGAUGGUGUCCUGGCCUACAAACUCCUGGUGCAGACCGGCCGCAGAGAGAAACCAGUCAACAUCAACCUGUUAACCAGACAGCGGUUGGUGAACUCAGAAGGAAUCAUCAACCCGAAUGCCUUCUACAUUUAUUUAUCUGCCUGGGUGAGCAAUGACCCGGUCGCCUACGCUGCGUCACAGGCCAACAUCCGCCCGCAUCCUCCAGAGUGGCUCCAAGACAGGACCGACUCUAAUCCUGUCAGCAGACUUAACAUUCCUGCGGCCGAGCCCAUCGAAUAUGCACAGCUUCCCUUCUACCUCAACGGGCUCCGCGAGACGCCACAGUUCGUGGAGGCCAUCGAGAGCGUCCGCGCCAUCUGCAGCAACUACACUCGCCAGCGUCUGCCCAGCUACCCGAACGGCUACCCGUUCCUGUUCUGGGAGCAGUACGUAGGCCUGCGUCACUGGCUCCUGCUGUCCAUAAGCGUCGUGUUGGCCUGCACAUUCCUGGUGUGUGCCGUCUUUCUGCUCAACCCUUGGACCGCUGGAAUCAUAGUUCUGGUGCUGUCUUUGAUGACGGUGGAGCUGUUUGGCAUGAUGGGAUUGAUCGGCAUCAAGCUCAGCGCCGUGCCUGUCGUCAUCCUUAUUGCUUCUGUGGGCAUCGGAGUGGAAUUCACCGUUCACGUGGCACUGGCAUUCCUCACAGCCAUUGGGGACAGGAACAAGAGAGCAGUCCUGGCGCUUGAGCACAUGUUUGCCCCGGUGUUGGAUGGGGCGUUUUCCACCCUGCUGGGCGUCCUGAUGCUGGCAGGGUCAGAGUUUGACUUUAUAGUCAGGUAUUUCUUCGCUGUUUUGGCCAUCCUUACGGUGUUGGGGGUCCUGAAUGGACUGGUGCUUCUCCCAGUCUUAUUGUCCUACUUUGGCCCUUAUCCUGAGGUGUCUCCAGUAGAUGGGCGAAGCCGACUACCCACCCCAACUCCAGAGCAUCCCCCACCGGUGGUACGCUUCACCAUGAGGCCCAAUCACACCACCUCUGGAGCAGGCUCAGACUCCUCCGACUCUGAAUAUGGGUCUAAUACUACUGUUUCCGGCAUUAGCCAGGAGCUUCAACAGUAUGAGCUCCAGUCCAACAGGGGGCGAUCCGCUAGGCUUGAAGAGGUGCGGAUCGCCACGGGGGGACGACAAGGAAAUCGUCAAGUAGAGCUGCCAGCCUUUUCUUCUUACUCAGAUGACUCCAGACAGCACCAACCACAGCAGCAAUACAGAUCCACCCAUCCGCCCAGUUCUCAGGAUGCUGGACUUCAGUCGACAAAGCGAUACUGUAGCAGGGACCCUAAGAGGGACUUUGGGAGCGGUCAUCCGCCUCCCCCUCACAGGCCGCGCAUGGAUGCUUUUGAAACUGCUACUGAGCCAGGUGGCCGUACAGGCCCCAACAACCGGGAACGCCCAGGGACCAAUCGCCCCCGUUCCCACAACCCCUACACUCACCCAUCCCAUCCAUCCACAGGCCCCGCCUACUGUCAACCCAUCACUACGGUGACAGCCUCAGCCUCCGUUACGGUGGCUGUGCAUCCAGGGAUGCCCGGUCAGAGCCCUACCUACCCGUCCUACCCCUCCAAUGACAGCUAUCACACUUCAGAAGAUGUCUACACUGCCCCUCACUUCUCCGACCCUCACGUGCCCUUUGAGGAGAGCAAUGACGGCUCAAAAACAGAGGGCUUGGAGCUGCAGGAUCUGGAAUAUGACACGCUCAAUGCUUGCCACACAAGACCCUCCAGCUGAGUGGUUAAAUGUUGAAACCGCAACAGCCAAAGAACGGGACAUCUGUCUGCCGUGUGGCAGAAACACGGUGCCACCUGGCAGGGGCACUUUGACCAGCGGCGCCAAUUCGGUGCUUGACUCUGUUACUGUAUAACCCUGGUGUAUUAUUGUUCUAUAUUUCUAUAAGUAUUUAUGUGUACACGUAUGUAAAUAAUGAAUGAGAGUAGAUAUAAUUUGACCGGGGUAUUCAGACCGGACGGCGUGCUUGUGUGUUUAUUUGUUUCGAGUGCCCAUCCGUCAUCUGUGUAUCUGUGCCAUGAGGAAACUUCAUGUCUGACAAACAUUUCUGCAUACAGUUGUUGCUGCUUAUUAUAUUGUUGUAAUGUUUAUAAUGCUAUGCAAUUAUUUUCUCUAAUUUUAUAGAAGUGUGUGUGUGCGAGUUUGAAGAUUUUUUUUGUGCAUGUGGACAUGUGCACUUCUACAAUAUUUCGGUUCAUGUCAGGUCCCCGAGACUUACACUUAAUAAAUUACACAAAGACGAAGUAAUCUGGAAAUGUUAAUUUUUCAGCAAAUAUUUUGAUAUGAUUCUCAAAGCAUUUCUAUCGCACUUCUGUUAAAAACACAAAAACAAAACCUAACAAUACUUAAAAUACUGCACAGAUUUGUUUUUUUUAAUUGUACAUACAUUUUCAGAGGACAUAUUCAGGGAAAACUAGAUAUGUAGAACUUCACAAUAAUAUCCAACUUUUUUGUGCCGACAAGCAAAGUUUUAAGUGUGCGUGCUGACGUUUGUGUUUUGUGUAUAUUGAAGCGUUGGAAUUGAUGCUUUUUAAUGUUAAUGUGCUUAUCACAAACCUGUGGUAGUUUAAAAAAAAACAAUUACUGUUUAACAAUGAAACACGCUAUGCGUGAGAUUUUAGCUGAGUAGAAAUGAAGAAGGAAACAUGAGUGAGUGAUGUGUGUCUCUGUUCUGAACUUGUCUCCGAGUUAUUUUACUGUACGACGGCCAGUCGGUGGCGACCCUAAAUUUGCUCAUGACUCUUGACUUUACAUUACUGACUGCUUAUAGUUCUUCAUACCUGAAAGGAUUUUUAAUGGAUAAUCAUUCUACUGUGGAAAAUAAGUAGCAUAGUUUUUACAGCUGUUUUACCGUAUGGCAUUAUUUUUGAAUUCUCAAUUCUGGUUUUAAGCUAAACAUACUGUUACAACACGUCUUCUUGGUAAGACAUCAGUGUCUUACUUCGGUUUAAAUAAGCUAAUGAGCAUUUAAGGGUGAGUCACCGGACGGCCGAUCAAGAUGAUGUUUUUUGUUUAUUCGUUGACCUCUUCAAUGACAAAUCGCAACUACUGGCCCCAAUUUAGUCCGAGCAGUUCUGCUCGCUGACCUCACCUCAUAAAAAUCCACAACAUAACGCCAUGACACUAAUUGGAAGUUCCCCCUCGACUGCCAAAUGGUGCAUGCGAGUUCUUUAAGGGUCAAGGGUCAUGGAGCCCCCACUCCUCCAUCACUCGGAGGUUUGCGUGUGUCUGUAAAAACAUGUGUUUGGUGUCUACCACAACCUUAUCCCCCUCGUCCAGAUUGACUUCCUGUCAAACAGAUGUCCGCCCUUCUGGAACUUUGUUCUUGACAAAGACCUCAAGAGUUAUUCUGUGUUUGUUGUUUUUGUGUUUUUGUUUGUUUGUUUCUCCUAAAUGUCACAUUGGCAGAAAUGGGAGAAAAAUCAUGGCUGGCAACUAUUGUAAUUUUUAUAUAUAUAUAUAUAUAUAUAUAUAUAUAUUCUAUUAUUUUUUUACUUUUGUUUUGCAAUAUUUAUAUUUUUGUAUUAUAAGAUGUUGUUUUGUUCAAUUAUGGUCAUAAUGCCAGUUCUUAACAAUGCAGGGAUUUUUACGUCUGUCUGAAAACACUAUUACAGUUUAUUUUACAUUAACGGAUUUUGAUCUGUAUAAAGUGCUUACUAAUGUUAAAUAGGAAACAAAUAUAUAUAACAUUUACAUUACAGAUUCAUCAUAGCUCUUAGAGGAUUUUAAAAGGAAAAUAAUCAAUGGUUUUUACAGACUGCCAUUUGUCCUUGUUUGGCGUGGAUGUAUGUCGUUUUCAGUUACAAAGAUAAAUGUAUGCCAUAUAAUUUAUUUAUAUGAAAAUUUAUUUUUGUAGUGUACAUAGUAGUUGUCAAGUUAUUUGACAGAAGUAUAUUUUUAAAGAGUUUAUAUGUAAUGCUAUCAUUUUUUCUGAGAACAGAACUGAGAAGACAUGCACACUUGCUUACUUGUUCUCAGACAACUAAAGGUCCAUGUUACAGUGUUAUAUAGAGAGUGAGACUGUUUUGGGGUUUUGUGAAAAGCUAGCCAUGAACGUAGAAAAAAAUGUACUAGCUCUCUGAAUAAUAAUGUUCAAACACUGAUAGAAUUCUAACAAAUAAAAAUAUUAUAACUUAUUUGUCUCUGUGCUAUACAUUUAAUAAAUGAUUCUUAAA